UCUGCCAAGAUGGCACCCAAAAAGAAAACCCCCAAGAAGCCCAAGGUGGAUAAAGAGGAUGCAUCCAUCACCCCGGUGAUGGUGGAAGAUGCUUUGCUAGAUGUUGAACACCUCAAUCACUUGAAUGGUUUGUACGACAGCGGCUCCAAUGGCUUCCACUGCACGGCCACGGAGGUUGAAGCGCCGGACCAUGGAGCCAGCCUUCUGGAGGGGAUGAACCAGAUGCGCCAGAAGCGGUUCCUCUGCGAUCUCACCAUUGCCACCAAAACAAAGUCCUUUGAGGUGCAUAAACUCGUCCUGGCUUCCUGCAGCGAGUACUUCCACCGCCUGCUGCAGAGAGACCCUCAGCUGCGCCGGGUGGAGCUCCACGACGUCUCCCCACUAGGCUUGACCACUGUCAUCGCCUACGCCUACACGGGAAAGCUGAGCCUCUCGCUGUACACCAUCGGCAGCACCAUCGCCGCGGCCACCCAGCUGCAGGUGCCGGCACUGCUGAACAUGUGCAGCGACUUCCUCGUUCGGGAGAUGGCUGUGGAGAACUGCGUGUACAUCGCCAACAUCUCGGCCACCUACGGCCUCAACCAGGUGAAAGACACCACCCGAAAAUUCAUCCGGGAAAACUUCCUGGAGUUCUCCAAGACCGAUCAGUUCAUGAAACUCCCCUUCGAUCAGAUCAAUGAGCUGCUGAUGGAUGAUGGCCUGCAGAUACCCAGUGAGGUCGCAGCCUUCCAGAUUGCUGUCAAGUGGCUGGAGUUUGACCCGAAACGGGUCCGAUAUGCUGCUGACCUCCUGAGCAACAUUCGAUUCGGCACAAUCUCAGCUCCAGACUUGGUCAACCACGUGCAACCUGUGCCACGCAUGAUGCAAGAUCCACAGUGCCACAAGCUCCUCGUGGAUGCCAUGAAUUACCACCUGCUCCCCCACCAGCAAAACAGCCUUCAAUCUCGGAGAACCCGGAUUCGGGGAGGCCAGAGGGUGCUUGUCACAGUCGGGGGUCGUCCAGCUUUGACCGAGAAGGCUCUUAGCAGGGAGAUCAGCUACAGGGACGUAGAGGGAAACUGGAACAAGCUGACGGAGAUGCCAGCAAAAAGUUUUAACCAGUGCGUGGUGGUGAUGGAUGGAUUCAUCUACAUCGCAGGUGGUGAAGACCAAAACGAUGCCAGGAACCAGGCCAAGCAUGCCGUCAGCAGCCUGAGCAGGUACGAUCCGCGCUUCAACACCUGGCUGCACCUGGCCAGCAUGCAGCACAGGAGGACGCACUUCAGCCUGAGCGCCUGCAAUGGGCUCCUCUACGCUGUCGGAGGGCGCAACGCCGAGGGCGCGUUGGCAUCUGUCGAGUGCUACGUCCCCACUGCCAACAGCUGGCAGAGCAAGGCAAGCCUGGAGACGCCCUGCUGCUGCCACGCCACCACCGUCAUCGACGGCAAGCUCCUGGUCACCGGUGGCUACAUCAGCCAUGCCUAUUCCCGCACCGUGUGCUGCUAUGAGCCCAGCACUGACACCUGGAGGGAGCAGGCAAGGCUCAGCACCCCCCGGGGCUGGCACUGCGCGGCCACCGUGGCCGAUCGAGCGUAUGUGCUGGGUGGGAGCCAGCUGGGUCCCCAGGGCGAGCGGGUGGACGUGAUGCCUGUGGAGUGCUACAGCCCACUCACGGGGCAGUGGAGUUACGUGGCGCCCCUGCCCACGGGGGUCAGCACGGCCGGGGUGGCUCUGCUGGAGGGGCGCUUGUGCCUGGUGGGUGGCUGGAAUGAGAGCAGGAAGAGGUAUCAGAAAUGUGUGCAGUGCUACAACCCUGAUCUCAACGAGUGGGCCGAGGACGAGGACCUCCCUGAGGCCACCGUGGGUGUCUCGUGCUGCACUAUCAUCCUCCCACGCUCCCCGAGCUCCAGAUCCCGGGCCAGCUCUGUGGCCUCAGCAGCAGCCAGCAUGUAA